AUGCUGUCGUUCAAUGCGCUUGUCGCGUUCCUGUUCGCAUUCCUGUUCACCAGCAAUGUCGAGUCUCUUGCAAGCACGGACACCAUCACCUGGGGUGGUGACAACAGUCGUGCGGGCUAUCAAACCAACCACAACAUGGACCCUUCAGUCGUUGGAGGUGAUUCCUUUGGUCAACUUUGGAGAGCCGCAUUGCCUGGCAAUUUCCAAGGCAUCGGUGCCGAGCAGAUCUUCUCUCAACCUCUAGUCUACACUCUCAGUGAUGGCAUCCAGUAUGUUUAUAUUGCGACUACGCAGAACAACCUCUACAAGAUCAAUGCGAAGACUGGAGACAUUAUUGCCUCGAGGAACAUGCACGUACCCUUCUUGACUGCUGAUCUCGAUGGUUGCGUCGACAUCAAUCCCACAGUUGGUGUCACAGCUACUGGUGUCAUCGAUCCCGAUACUGGCAUUUGGUACCUCACCGCGAAGACCUACAGUGAUAGUUUCCAAAACGGUGCCUUUUCCAAGAACAGCCCCCCCGGUCGUCUCAACGGCCGCUACUACUUCCAUGCCAUCAACACUGCCGAUUUGUCGGAGGUCAACGGCUUCCCAAAGUUGAUCGACGGACUUCAGUUCCGCAACAACCCCAACCGCAUGUUCAUCGGCGGAAACCAGCACGCUCGUCCUGGUAUGCUUCAAGUCGGAGACUUCAUCUACACAGGCUGGGCUUCCCACUGUGUCAAAUGGAACUUCACUGGAGCCGUCAUCGGUUUCCACCGCACCACAGGCGCUGUUGUCGAAGCCUGGGCUAUGGAAGGCGGCCCCGAGCCAAACACGAUUCCUGGUGCGGGUGUUUGGAUGUCUGGUGGUGGUCUUGCCUACGACGGCAAAGGCAGUAUGUUCCUCGCCAGUGGUAACGGCUAUGCAUCUCAACUCAAAGCUACCGGCAACUCUCUUCCUGGCCGUCAGCCUCCAACCAGUCUCGAAGAGGCUGCUGUCAAUUUCGCUAUCGGCUCGGACGGCAAAAUCACGCCAGUUGACUUCUUCAUGCCUUGGGAGAAGACACAGCUCGAUGGAGCGGAUAAGGAUCUGGGGACCAGUCCUCUAGAACUCCUACCCACAGACGUCUUCAAGUGUGCCAAUGUGGCCCGUAUGGGAGUUGUAACAGGCAAGAGCGGCAAAACCUACUGGCUCAACCUUGACAACCUGGGAGGUUACCAGAUGGGACCGAACAAGCUUGACGCCGCGGUUCAAGUUACCCAAAACGAGAACUCCGUGUACGCCGGUGCAGGUGUUAUGCCUCUUGGCGGUGGAUACAUUUACAUCAACGUCAUCCAGUACCAGACGCAUGUCUUCAAGUUCAGUUGUUCGGCUAGCGGAGACCCUCAGUUCACGCUUGUUUCCAACACUCCUGAGAAGAACGCUUACAUUCUUGGUGUUGGUCACGGUACUACCACCUCGCUCAAUGGGCAAGAAGGCACUGGUCUCCUCUGGACUACUGAUGUAGAGGGCCUUAAUCUCAGAGUGUAUGAUGCCAUACCUCCGUCAGAUGGUGGUAACCUGAAGCUCAUCAAGGCUUUCAAUAUCCCUGGAGUUACCAAGUUCUCUCGUCCGGUCUUCGGAAAUGGGAUCGCCUAUGUUGGAACCACUCAGGGUGCUCUCUAUGCCUUCGGAUCACCUGUCAACCUCCCUCUCAACUGCUCCUCGCCUUACUCUCUGCCCAAUACUGCCAUCGGCAGUGUGUCCGCUCCGAUCACCAUCACAUGCAAAGCAAACAUUGGCCUCACUGUCAAUAGUGUGUCAUUGACUGGCAACGCAAACUUCAAGAUCGGCGCUGUGACCACACCCCUUACUCUUACUGCUGGGCAGACAUUUAGUUUGAACGCCACCUUUGCUCCCACAACAGUUGGUCUGUUGUCUAGCGACAUCCUGGUCAACACCACAAACAGUGUCGCCAAAUACUCCAGCUCCGUGCCUAUCACCUUGAAGGGUACUGCAAACUCAAAGAAGGCGCUGAUGGCGAUUGCUCCCAACACCGUUUCUUUCAACGUCAUUGUUGGCGGACAAGUUGGCGGGACCACUCAGUCUUCGCUCUUCAGCAACCGGGGAGACAGUCUUUUGACCGUUAAUAACAUCACUUGGUCUGUCGUCAGCGAGACUGGUCCUUGGAUCCAGCCCAAUGUCAGCGACAGCGGCGAUGUUCAGGUCGGCUACUUCACCUUCUCCAAGAUUCCUACCACUAUCGACCCAAACAGUGUCGCCACUGUCGACAUCAACUACAAUCCCGAUGUCACUGGCAAUCACGCUGUCUAUCUCCGAGUCAACACUGAUGGCAGUUCGAGCUUGCUUGAUGUUGUCGGUCGUGCGGGAAGCAACCCUUCCGCCCUGAUCGAGUUCCAGACUGUCGACGGAUCAGGCUGGGUAACCUACCAGCCUGGCCAACCUUUUACCUUCGGAGACGUGCUCGAAGGUCAGACUCGCAGUCUCAAGAUGCGUGUCACGAACAACGGCACAGGUUCGGCAGUGCCUCUCUCACUGACCGUCUCGAAGCCUCCCUACGGCAUUCCCGGUAUCAUUGAAGCAGUCAACACGAUCGAUCUCGCCGAGGGUACGCUCCUCCAAGCCAACGAAAGUCAGACCGCCACGCUUUAUUGCUCUGUGCCAAGAUCGCAAGUCAACGUUCCUAGCUACUAUGGCAACGCAACAUGGACCAUCAACACCGGUGACCCCAACAUGGGCAAGCAGAUCAUCCAGUUCAACUGCAAUGCUGUGGCCGAGCAAGUUGGUUCUCUUCUCUCGAACGGUACUGCACAAUAUGGAUACGUCGGUUGCUUCAAAGAGAACAACCCCGGAAGACAGCUAGCGGUUAAUCCGGUGACCAGCCCUACUAUGACAAACGAUAUCUGUAUCGCUAAGUGCGCAUCUCUGGGAUACCGAUUCGCGGGUACUCAGUAUCAGCGUGAAUGCUGGUGUGGACAGGCACUUCCUCUUCAGAUGGAUCUGAACACUGACUGCAACUUCAACUGCGGUGGCAAUGAGAACCAGACUUGUGGUGGUAACGGCUACACUAACCCUGGAUCCCACAUGUCACUCUUCGCUGACACUUCCCGUUUCGAUGGAAACACUUCUACUCAGGUCCAGGCUAUCGUCCCAUCAUACGGCGGAUACAACUACGUGGGCUGCUUCAACGAUCAAGGUGCCAGGACCAUCAAUGCCGCAACCCUGAACACCAACGACAUGACAGUCCAGAAGUGUGGAGACUUUUGUAUUAGCAAGGGCUUCUCGAUGUUUGGGCUGGAGUAUGCGUCAGAGUGUUAUUGUGGCAACGCGAGAGCCUCCACUUCGCAGCUAACGACCGACAGCAAAUGUAGCAUGGCUUGCAAGGGAAACAACGCACAGCUGUGCGGUGCUGGAUCAUUGAUGGUGCUCUAUGGAAAGAAUGCGAUGUCUUCGAGCUCAUCGAGUGCAUCUUUGUCUUCUUCAAGCACGUCUGGAAGUCUUGGAUCUCUGUCUUCCACCGUCUCGAGCGCAACAAGCUCUUCCGCCGCUACUACUACCCCAUCCUCAGUUCCUCCUUUGAGCGGCUAUACCUACAUGGGUUGCUUCAACGAGACACACGAUCGCCGUGCUCUCAACGGCAACGGUCGCGCUUCGUCUUCCAAUACUUUGGAAAGCUGCGCUGCCUUCUGUAGUGGAUUCCAAUUUUUCGGCACAGAGUAUGGAUCAGAGUGCUAUUGUGGAAACAGCAUUUACGCCAACUCGAUCCUGCAGAAGGAUGAGACUGGCUGUAGUGUUCCUUGUGCGGGAAACGCUACUCAGAGAUGUGGCGGUGCUGACUUCUUGAACGUCUACUACACCAACGUCACAUCUUCGACAACGACUACCACAACUAGUAAUGCUCCAAGUACUCCCACCGGACCCGUCACUGUUCAAUCUGCUGGCAAUUACUCGCAUAUUGGAUGUUACACGGAAGCUACCAACGGUCGCGCACUUAACUCCCUGAACAAGGCCAACUCAUCUGUCAGCGUUGAUUUCUGCGCCGCUUUCUGCUCAUCUUAUGACUUCUUCGGUGUUGAGUACUCCCAGGAGUGUUAUUGUGGCAACGCUAUCCAGGCUGGUUCGGUGUCGACAUCAGAUGGGCGAUGCAAAAUGCCCUGUGCUGGUAACUCGACCCAGAUCUGCGGCGGACCCUCCGGUUUGAACAUGUACCAGAAGGUCAAACUUCCAGCAAGCUCCUCACCAACCGUGAGUUCCUCUAGCUCCGCUACGAGUAUGAGCUCGUCAAGCGCCGUGAGCAGUUCUAGUAGCGCCUCUUCUUCGUCGAGCGGCACAAUUGUAUCUGCUGUUUCUUCCAGUUCGACGGUGACUUCAUCGUCCGCCUCCUCUGGAUCUUUGAGCUCCUCUGUCGUGUCCUCCACUUCGUUGACUUCUACGACCUCGGCGUCUACUACCUCAACUUCGGCAACCUCAACGUCUCUGAGCUCGAGCAGCAGUCCCGUAGUCUCUAGCAGCAGCUCAACGAGCUCUGUGACCCCAACUGGUCCUGUUGCCAAGCCUACCGUGGGCAGUUACGUCUACCAAGGAUGCUGG